AGGGCGGCUGGGUGCCUGCCUCCGGGUUUGCAGCAGUAGCGGCUGCCGCAGCCGCAGCAGUAGCAGCAGCAGCAGCAGGAGGAGGAGGAAGAGAAUUCAAGAGGCCAGCAGGGCUGAGGGCCCAGGAAGGAGGUCCUGGUUGCUCAGCUGCUCGAUAACCCUGCCCUGGCAAAAGAAGGAGGGAAUUCAUUGCUGCGAAUUGUCACCAAGCCUAUCGGGGCUACCUGACCUGUCUCAGAAAUCUGCCUUUCCUGGAGUUCUUGGUGGCCCGGAUGAAGAGACCAAGGCUGGCAGCAGUCUGGGUAUCUGCCCUGGGUAGGAGCUAAAGGUUGUAACGUUGUCUAUAUAUACCCUGUAGAACCGAAUUUGUGUGGUAUCCACAUAGUCACAGAUUCGAUUCUAGGGGAAUAUAUGGUCGAUGCAAAAACUUCACAUUUCCCCCGACAUAGCCAGAGACAGAGGCGGAGACUAGUGGCGGCUGGAGGCGGCCAGCCACCUCUGUUUCAUUACCUUGGACUCCAGGACGAUCAACUUUGUCUGGUGACGUUGUGCAGUCCUUUCCUGGAGAAACUCCUUACCUUUAUUUAAAUAGAGGCUCCAGCGGGUGCUGUUGCAAAAAGAAAUCUUAACUGGUUGCAUGGCUGCAGGGCCAAAAGGGGCCAAAAGGUUUUAUGGGGUUGGGGAGCAAGGUGAAAGGCCAGUUAGUUUCAACUGCAGCUCCACCAUGCAGAAACGUGAAGGCAAGGGUUCACAAAUGAAGGGCUCACCUGGUGCUGAAGGCCCUGAUGUAGGAAGAAAGCAAGCUGAGUACUUGGGGACCUCUGGGCUACAUUUGGGCAAGUUGAAGGUCCUGUCACCCCUUUCCCGGUCCAACCCUCAGCUGAAAUCGCCUGGACAGUGAGGGCCUCCUGACAUAUCAGCAAGACCCAGCUUCAGCUAGGAACAACAGACUGGGCACUGGCAGAAAAGCCUGGCGGUUAUUCAUUGCCUAACUUAAUUCUGGCCCACCAGAUUCUGGUAACUUUUGGGUGACCCUGAUGAAGACAAUGCGGCCGACAGGGUCUUUGUAUAAGAGUCUUGGCUCCCGCCAGGAGCAAGGUGCCAGCCCAGGACCCUCCCCGAGUCAGAAGCUACCUUGCCCACCAACCCUUCCUGACUUUGCACUCCGAUAGGAAGAUUCAUUCUCCCUUUUAACUGUGCCCACUUUGGGGCUGCUCCCGCGAUGGUGAGGAGGGCAUGGAGGGUUAACAAAGUCAGUGGCAGACAAAAGCUGAGAUUGUCUGGUGGGAACAGGGGUGCGGGGGUUUGGAACUGCAUUAACAUCUGGCAGGGACCCUCAAAUGUGGCAUGGCAAGUCACUUGAUUACACGUAUAUUAUUUAGUUAAAUUUGUGAAAAUUAUGAGAUGCUCACCAACCCGGUGAUAAACUUCCUCCCUCCCCAUUGGCUGGCCUGGUCACAUGGCCGCCCAACUUUAUUCAGUUGACAGCAAGUAGGAGGGCCCUAUGGAAGGAGAAAAAAAGACAACACGAGAAAAAUUAGUAUUUUCUACCUUCUGAAAUUAAUGGCCAUGAGUUCGUAUAUGGUGAACUCCAAGUAUGUGGACCCCAAGUUUCCUCCGUGCGAGGAAUAUUUGCAGGGUGGCUACCUAGGCGACCAGGGCGCCGACUACUACGGUGGCGGGGCACAAGGCGCCGACUUCCAGCCCCCAGGGCUCUACUCACGGCCCGACUUCGGUGAGCAACCCUUCGGAGGCGGCGGCCCUGGACCCGGCACGGCGCUGCCGGCUCGGGGUCACGGACAAGAACCCAGCGGCCCCGGCGGUCACUACGGUGCCCCGGGAGAGCCGUGCCCAGCGCCCCCGUCUGCGCCCCUGCCGGGCGCCCGGGCCUGCAGCCAGCCCAGCGGCCCCAAGCAGCCGCCCCCCGGGACGGCACUCAAGCAGCCCGCGGUGGUGUACCCCUGGAUGAAGAAGGUGCACGUGAAUUCGGUGAACCCCAACUACACCGGUGGGGAGCCCAAGCGUUCCCGGACGGCCUACACCCGACAGCAAGUGCUAGAACUGGAAAAGGAAUUCCAUUUUAACAGGUAUUUGACUAGGCGCCGUCGGAUUGAAAUCGCUCACACGCUGUGUCUGUCCGAGCGCCAGAUCAAGAUCUGGUUCCAGAAUCGGAGGAUGAAGUGGAAAAAAGACCACAAGCUGCCCAACACCAAGGGCAGGUCAUCAUCUUCCUCUUCCUCAUCUUCCUGCUCUUCUUCAACUGCCCCAGGCCAGCAUUUGCAGCCAAUGGCCAAGGACCACCACACGGAUCUGACGACGUUAUAG